UCCCAUAAUCCCACCAACUGAUAACAAUCCAGUGUCAAAAAUCUCCUCCGCAAAGGUUGCUCUAUUUUCUUAACCGCAAAAACCUCUGUUUCUGAAAACCAACAAAAUAUGAAACCACCUUUCUUUCACUAUUUGUAACCCUGAUUCACGUUUUGUCGCUCACUGUAUCCACAUUCCCAUAAUCUCUCAAAUGGGACAAGAAUCAGAUUCCAAGGCCAAGUUGGUAUCAGACAUUUGCUCCAUUUCCACGCGUUCCGCGGUGUGUGCUCAUAGGAUUCUCUCUAACACAGACAAGGCAAAAUUCAUUGACUGGUAUUGCAUUCUUGGAGUGGAAGAAAAUGCAGGGGUAAAUGCCAUUCGCAAGCGUUACCAUAAACUAGCCUUGCAACUUCAUCCUGACAAGAAUAAACAUCCAAAGGCUGAAAUUGCUUUCAAGCUUGUUUCUGAGGCAUACACAUGUCUAUCUAACACAGCAAAGAGAAAGCCCUUUGACUUGGAAAGGUGUAAGCAUUUCUGCUUUGAGUGCAGAAGAAACCCUUAUACAACCGGCAAUGUCCCUAGCAGCUCCAAUGGUUCAGUUCUUAAGGCAUGGAGUAUUAUCAGCAGGUCAAGAUCUUUUAAACUUUGGAGAAACAUUAAGGAGAUGAGGGAGAGAUUCAAGGAGGAGGCUAAGGUGGUAGAGAACUGUAUGCGAACAAAUUCAAUGUCAAGGAAGGAAUCUCCACUCUCCAAUCCGGUUGCCUAUCUACAAAGAAGCAAGUCAAUGCAUAGAUUUGACAAAGAAACCCCUGUUUUCAAUCCAUCAGAUUAUUUGUACCAAGGCUACCCUCAUCUGAGGGAACAUGUUUUCAAAAAUUCUUCAACAUUUUGGUACUUGCAGACAACUAGUAUGCUGCACAGACAUAAUAGAGGAGCGCAGCAUGCCUCCCCUGUUUUUGAAGGCAGAGCAAGGAGCACGUUUGCAAGCAUAUAUGCUUUUGUCCCAUCAUGAUAUUAGCUCUUAGCAU